AUGGACAACAUUUGGGACGAUGAUGCUGUCCAAGUCUCACGCAAUGGUUCUUCCCGCGCUCGUAUAGUUACCGAAUCCGAUGAAGAAGAUAGGCCCUUGAAGCGUGCACGCACCGCUGGAGCAAGUAAACCUCUAUUCAACCCCGAGAGUGACGACGAAGACAACCUCCCGGCCGACGUAGGAGCGCUGUUUGAUGGCCUUGACGAUACUAUGAUUUACAACAACUUCCGCCUCAACUCAAUAUCGGAGAACUGCAGCGCGAAUCCGACCAACGCGUUGCGUGGGCCAGUAGAUGUGGAUGGGAAAGCGGCAAAAGCGAGGAAGACGCUCCCUAAACUCGAUGAAAAUAGGUUACUCGACCAAGGUGAUGGUAUGCCAGCACUUGUACGCAGAUCAAAGGAAUUCAAGGUCAAGGGAAAAGGUCAUGAGCUGUCUGACCUCAAUCGGUUGAUGCAAAUGUAUCAACUAUGGGCUCACAAAAUGUUCCCCAAAAUGCAAUUCCAAGAUACAGUUGAAAGAGUUGAGAAACUUUGCCGAACAAAACGAAUGCAUGUGGCGCUGUCAACAUGGCGAGACAUCGACAAAGCUCCGGCUCCUGGGGAAGAGGACCCAGAUGCGCUCAUGGAAGAACAGGACCCGGAGCAAGACCAAGAGGCUCGGCACCCGCCUACAUCGUCUCCCGCACGUAUCACCAUGGAGCCGGGUGGUCCUCCUAUGCGUCAGUCCCAAUUCGACAAAGAACCAGACGAUGAUGAGGAGAUGUGGAGGGAUAUGAUGGAGGCGAUGGAAACUCAAAAUCAGGAGAAAGAAAAGGAGAAAGAGCAGGGGGGUUACAAACAAAAGAUCGCAACGAGCGGAAAACAACCCGAGGACUACGGAGGAGGAUUCGAUGAUGAAGAUUGGGCGAUCAUGGACCAGAUGGAAGAAGAGGCAGGCAAGUCGACCCAACCAAACGGUUUGGGCGGUAGCAAAAUUCAAUCGACGCUUCCUCCAUCGUCCCCUCCUUGGACAGAUCACGACGUUUCGUCCGACGCUCCUCCAGAACCUGCCGGCCCUAGUGAGGACGAAGAUGAUUUCUAUGCAAUGUACGAGCCUUGA